AUGACAAUUGAUGACCCGAUUGAGCUCCCUGAUAUCCCGAUUGAACUUGAUGACCCGGUCACCGAAAAUAAAGCGGUCCAUGGUAGCAUUGUUGGCUUGCAAAAUGGGUCGAGAGGUUCUCUCGGUACGAAAAAGUUGUCAAAUGUAUUCAAUGUGAAUGCGAAAGGACCUCUUGAGGGGGUUCAGAGGAUGAGAUACGAUCAAUUUGUGUAUGGGACGGGAUUUUAUCUGAUUUGGCCACCUUUCUCUUACGUCUUACAACAACAACAACAACAACAUACCCAGUAUAUUCCCAACAUUCCCAACAGAUUGACAGACAUCACGAGGAGGGAAAACCAGCGGCAGGAACGCGAAGAGCGUGACAUUCCCCCAGAGGUCCUGGCAUUAGUCAUCUCCCGCCUCAACCUCAGAGGAAACAUACGCGCCUCCGCCGUCUCCACCCGCUGGCUGGCGGCAGCCAUCUCAAUCCGGCAAGUCAAGUCCCCACCUCUGCUCAUGCACAUCCCGAAGAAGGGAGAUUUCUACGAGUUUUACGACCCGUCAUCUUCCACCUCCUAUGUCAUUGAUCUCCCCGAGAUCCAACGGUCCCGGGUCCUCUACUCCAGUGACAGCUGGCUCCUCCUCAACAACCCCGUCUCACUAGACCUCUUCUUCUACUGCCCGUUUAUCCGGUGCACCCAUCAAAUCCCUCGGCCAUGGGAAACGACCAUGCCCCUGACCACCGCCUUUACCUCAUCCCCUCUCUCCACCAACUGCACCGUCUUCUCUCUCUUCCAGACCAUAAGCAUCAUCACCGUCGCCGUGUGGCGGCGUGGCUGGACCCACUGGAAGACGAACAACUUGCCGAGGCCCCUUCAGUACUUCUACAGUCCGUGGGUUCAGAUCGCCUACAGCGGCGGCUCGUUCUACUGCCUGAGCCUGGAGGGUCAGCUGGGGGUGUUCGAACCCAACAGCUUCGCGUGGUCUGUCCACUACAUUAUGGCCCCUGUCUGCGGGGGGUUAGUGGGUGAGAACCCAUGGGAGGCGAGGUUCAUGGCCGAGCUCGAAGGGGAAGUUUACGUCGUGUGCACGGGCCCGGGGCCCGGCCCAGUCGUGUAUCGGGUGGGCUCGGAGGAAGGGAAUGAGUGGCUACCGGUGAGGUCGCUGGAAGGGGUGGCGCUGUUCGCCAAUGAUUUGACAUCUCUCGCGAGGGCAGACGUGGGGACUCCCACGGCGGGGAGGAUUGUCUUCUCCAAAGUGAAGCUUUACGGGGCCAAGUGUGUGAUGUACUCUCCUGGCCAGGGGAGGUACUACCCGGACGCUAAGAUGAAGCUUGACUGGAGAAGAGAGGAGCCAUAUCGAAGCAUAUGGAUCGACGUGCCAGAAAUCACCCCGGAGUUCAGGGGUGUCGAGUUGGGAUCGCCGGAUGGUGAUGGUGCGGCAGCUGGCGGCGGCGAUGAAUAGUUGUUGGCCCACCAAAAAAAAGUGAGGUGCAUCGGCUUUAAAACAAUGAGGUUCUUAGCUGUAGGCUUUAAAUGGACCACAUAAUUAAGACUCUGCAGUUGUGCAAGGGGGAAGUCCUUUUGCUCGACUUGAUAGCCUGCAUAUAUCAAGGCAUCCAGGGAUGAUUUAAAUGGAGGAUGUGGCAUUAUGCUCGAUAAUUCAUUCCGCAUGAUACUGAGAUGAAGCAUUUUUAAGAGCAAAUUAAGGAUACAGUCAAAAUGAGGGCGUGAACCCACUACACUGGUGUUCGUUGUGUCAGCCAGAAAUCUUGAUGUUAGUGCGUGAAGAAUGUUUAGAGGAGUAAUGCUGCGUCUCUUCUACCUGACAGGUAAGAGGUAAUAUCACUAGCUAAAACUUCUGUGUGGAAAUUAAAUGUGCAAAUAUUACAUGCUUAGGGUAUUCCCAAAUAUUUAUUUGAUCAAGGUCAGUCCAUGUGAUAUAUUGCUCCAUAGUUUGAAAAAUGAAAGUAAAAACAGUUAGGGAUGAAACUUUCUUACUUGGAGUUUGUGACAGCAGGUCAAAAUCUGAUAGAAAGCUAAAAAUGGACACAAUAACAAUUAUUACCCUUGAGAUAUAGCCCAAAUAUAAUAAAAGAGGUAAACCAACAUAUCCUCCUUUAGUUACGGAACUCCUUGACAUAUUUUGACCAUGUUCAUUUACAUCUCAUUCAAGGAGUAAUUUUGUUAAACAAAUAUAAACCUCAAGAAAUGAAGAGAAUAUUUUGUCUCCAUCUGAGUUAAAAAUUACAAGUUUAUUCGCCAUUUACCAUUACAAUGUAAGAAUCGGGAUCCUGUCUCUUCAUGGGGAGCUGUAAAUUAGGCUCAUGGCAGCCACUUGGACCAAGGUUAGUUUUUGGCUUACUGAAAUCGUAUAUCUUUGAUUUGAUUUUGGGAUGUUAUUUAGCGACAUGCUCAAUGAUAAAUCAAUUGUUUGAUUAUAUUUUGAUGUACCCGUGACAAAUCUAUGUAUCAUCAUUUCUGUUGCGUGCUUGUUUCAGUUUCAAUCUUACUGAUGUUUGUGUUCUUUUCUGCUUGCCACUUUUUGGUGGUGGCAAUGGACCUAAGUAUGUAGUGGCAAUACAUCAGAUAUAGGUUUGGGUUCAAUUCCUUGGAGGUAAAUUUGGAUAUGCUAUUCUUUUGGGGGCUGAAACAGUAUUUUGAAAACCUUACUUAAUUUUUUUCCUGUUGAGAAGCCUUAUAGUUGCAUAGCUUUCGAGGUUUUAUCCUAUUGUAAGGUUGAUUACAAAAAUCACAAGUACCCAUUUUACAAACACCCAUUCAGGAUUUUUUUUCCUAACAGCGACAGAAUAUCUAGGAGACUAGGACAUUUGUUUGGUAAAAUACAAAUCUCUAGGUCGUGGUGCGUUAGGGAUACUGUAAUUUUUUAAGAUAAAUGGACUCUGUUGUGAAUUGUGAUUGGGUUAAUAUGCAUGGGUGGCUUUGUGUCUUCCCUUUAUUAUUACUAUAUUCCUGUAUUGAACUUCUAUUCCAAUGUGUUAUAUUUGUACUUUUCGUCCUUUCCUAUGAUUUAUCCUUUUAUAACUAUAUUUGGUUCUGUUGUAUUUGUUCGAAUUUGUAAAUUACCUUAAGUUGUGGUUUGAUUUGGCUGUAGUAACUUUCUUGCCUUAAGUAGUAGAUGAAAACUAUCAAUGAGAGAUUCUGAGAAAAGGGCUUUCCUCCUUUAGCGGCAAUGCAAGUGGACUCAGCCCAUCUAUCAAUUAUUUAUCUGCUUGUAUUUAUUUAUUUUAAGCUAUGGAGCUCAGUGAUUGCCAGUUGAUUGGAUUUUUGUCUUUGAUGAAUUUCUUAAAUGUUAGGAAUUUGUUUAAUUAAACAUGCUCCCUUUGUCUCUCUAAGUCGAUCGGACUAUGUGACUGGUGUAUGCGCGUUCUUUCCGUUUUAGCGACUCAUUUGGAUUUGAAAGCGGGAGGAACAUAAUUUACCAAGUUAAGGUGCUGUGCUCAACAGAUUGAGAUCUAUUAUUUUGUUGGGUUCUGCAGUGCAUCUAUUUUCAAGCCUCUCUUGGCGAAAGACAUUUUGACAUCUUCAAUUGUGUUUCUGGCAUGGAAACUUCUUCUACCACACUUCGUGCUCCACCUCCCACUUCCUUGAGCUGCUUCAAAUCCGUGGAUCCUCUGAUUGCUACUCCAGCCACCCGUCCUUCGAUCCACGAUCCUCUGAAGUUGUGAGUUUUGCUAAUUUCUUUGUUUAUUAUUUUCCUUUUCAUGGGAAGCAAUUGAACAUAGUGAUUUUAUGCCUUCAUGUCUUGUUUACAUCAUUUUUUUUUUUCUUUCAUAUUAAUUCCAUAUUCAUAUCUGAAAGCUCAGAUAUUCCCUGGGUUUCAUGACAUUUUUUUUUAAAUCGAGCCAAAAAAUAUCCGCUCCGCACUUGGCUACCCGGCUGAAAUAGAGAUUGCAAGAGUAAAUAUUCGCCCGUGAAACUUUCUUUGAUGAUGUCACCUCCUUGUGUGCCAAGUAGUUACUUCUCUUGCACUGAUUAGUAUCUCUAAUAAGAAAAAUUUUGCGCAACUGACAUUUUUUUUGUUUUGUGCAUGACUUGCGCACCCGGAGGUAUGUAUUUUAAAUAGUACUAUUAAUUUCUGUCCUUUUUCCCCCUAAAAAAGAGACAUAUGAUAAUUGAGCUUCUUAUUGGACUAGCGGAACAUGCAAUCAAUCUGAAUUUGGAGCGUGGCGGGGAAUAUUGUCUUCAAGGCGAGAAAUACAUACAACCUACAUGCAUAACACUACUUUAUUCAUCUAAAUUUCAUACACUUUACCUGUUUUCUAUAUUAUCUUCUCCAAAGUGAAGUUCCAUGGGUAAAAAGUGUCGGUGGAGGUGACUUCUCAUGUUAUUACUUUUGAUUUGAUGUUAUUUCUUAUUUAAUAUCGACCAUGCAGGGUCCAUGAGUUGCAGACUCGAAUACAUAAUAUUGCUUUCCGUCUUUGGGAAACUAUUAAUCUAUAACUUUUUAAAACUUCUGAGUAUAGACGCAAAGUUUGCAUGGUUUUCUUUGACGUAUAAGUAUCUAUACUUUCUGCAUUUAAUUAAUUUGGAAGUAGUGAUUGCAUUUAAUUCAUUCCAAAGCGCCCUGCAUCUCUUUACCUCAGCUCCUCCAUUUCUCGGCUCAUUUUCACCACCUCAGCUUUCCAUGUGUUCAUGACAUUUAUAUUGGUAUCUUGAUGAUGUCACCUCCUUACGCGCUAAGUAGUUGCUUCUCUUGCACUGAUUAGUAUAUCUAUAUUGUUAGCAAAAUAUUAUUAGAUGAUUACACAAUAAACAUUUGAUUCCAGAGAAGACUCUAUGCUGUAAUUUCAGCAUUCGGAAAAUUACUCAUUGGAUCCAAACCUUCUUCUUCGGAGCGGAAACGAACGUGGCCAAGCUAUCGAGUCCCUUUGACCUCAACAUCUGCCGCACACACUGAAAAUUCCUCUCUAAGUUUUGUCAUGGUGUGAAAGACGAGGAAAAUGAAAACACGAGCCUUUUUCUAAUAUUUUCUUUUCUCUCGAACCAGUUGAACUAAAUAAUUGGUGCGUGCAUGUCAUUUUAAUUUUACAUAUUACCUGAGAUAUAUAGGCAAACAUUCAUAGAAAGGAGAUUACAUUUGACUGUGAAUGACUAUGGUCCGAGUCUUGGAUGAGACGAUUCAAAUAUGAUGGAUUUUCUAUUAAAAUUUAUAUUAUCUCAAGGGAUGGUAGGUAGAUUGUUAUAAUAUAUAUUGUUAUUGGUGGGUCAUACCAAAAAUAUUUAAAUGUUGGAAGUUGAUUUAUUGAUAGUAAUGAUUGGAUAUGCGUGAUUCAAAAUGG